AUGAUCUCACAACAAUUAUACUGUCUGUUCUCGACCUUGUGUCUGUUGGUUCUUGCCAGUCAUCACCAUCAGAAUGGCUCCUUCAACCAGUGGCACCCGCCUGGCCCUCGUGACGUCCGCUCUCCCUGUCCUAUGUUGAAUGCGUUGGCAAAUCACGGCUUCCUUCCCUCCAAUGGCAGGGGCAUAUCGCUUGAUAUUACGACUCGUGCGCUGGCCGACGGCAUAAACGUAGACCCCUAUGUGUCCAAGCUGCUCUUCGAUCAUGCUAUCGAGACAAAUCCGGACCCGAAAGCCGCCACCUUUGACCUUGACCAUUUGAACCGUCACGGCAUCAUAGAGCACGAUGCUAGUCUCACCCGCCCGGACAACCGCUUUGGGGACCCUGGUGCUUUCGACCCCGAGGUGUACAGCGAGACUUUGCAGUAUUGGCCCGACCCUAUCGUCUCCGUCAGACAGGGCGCCGCCGCGCGGCUCGCUCGCAUACGCACCUCGGCCGGCACCAACAUCGAUUUCGAAAUGAGACUAGAGGACAACCUCCGCGGCCUUGGCGAGAUCGCGGGGUUCUACCUCACCCUAGGAGACCGGGUUGACGGUACUGUGAACCGGACAUGGCUGACUUACUUCCUUGAAAAAGAGUUUUUACCCGUGCCUUUCGGCUGGUCGAGACCGCGCGACCCCAUUACACUGGAGGCACUGCAGGCGGUCAUGGCCAAGGUUUACAAUGCGUCUCAGGACAUCAUCAACGAGGGGGUCGACAAAUGUAUCCCCCGGCCCGAACGGAACAUGGAUGGGCAGUAUGUGCUUGGCGGUGCACACUAA